AUGUCCUUCGGUGUGUCUGCUUACAGCUGUUUUGGCAUUGCCAUUGACCGAUAUUUUGCAGUAGCCUAUCCAUUGAAGAGACCUUUCGAGGACAAGAUGAAAAAUGUCAUUGCAGUAAUUUGGAUUGUUGCCGUCGCAAGCAGUUCGCCAUGCUUGCACUUUUACACCACACAUCAUGUUGGCAACUUAGUCUUAUGGUUGGAUGGAAUUCUUCCCCUUGUACUUGACCGUGAGACUACAGCACAGGAGAAGUGUUACUGCACAAUAGAAGAAAUCAUCCUUAGUAAGAUAGUCCCAUUACAUAGAUCUAUAGCAGAACCACAUACCCUUGCAUGGAGCCUUCUACAGAUAGUCGCCAGUCCUAACGGCCAAGAGAUCAGGAAGCAGGAGCUGCAAAGAAAGUUGAGUGGAUUCAAUGACACUCCAGACGUCAUUGCUGCUAUUAUUGGGACUCUUUGUAAGCUUUGCAGAUCACAACCCCAAGCAAAGACGAUGAUUGACAGCUGGUGUGCUGAUCUUCUCAAGUCUUGUGAGCAGACUUUAUCUGGUGUGAUUCUAGAAGAAAACCAAGUUUCAAAAGUCACUGAUGAAGUCAUUGUGAAGAAUUUGUUUACUGUUGGUGAAGUCGCACAGCUCGCUCCAGGACGAACUACAGAACGUCUGUUCCUGCUUGUCGAGUCAAUGUUGAUCUCAGAAGCCAGUCUCAGUACGCCUGGUACUCCUCAGAGCAUCCAGAAGAGUCAACUAUCAAAUACUGUUAAAGCUCAUGCCUUCGUUACUCUAGGAAAGCUGUGUCUACAGAACGAACACUUGGCCAAGAAAUGCACGGCAGCUUUAGCCCGCGAGCUUGAAGUAUCUGACGAUGCAGCCAUCAGGAACAAUGUGAUCGUUGUGAUGUGYGAUCUUUGUGUACGGUACACAAGUCUUGUUGACCGUUUCAUUCCUAACAUUGCCACGUGUCUGAGAGACAGUGCCCCCCUGGUUCGAAGACAGACAUUGACUCUUCUUACCCACUUACUGCAGGAGGAUUAUGUGAAGUGGAGAGGAUCUCUGUUCUACCAUUUUAUUACUGCACUUGUAGACGAAGACAAAAACAUCAGACAAUUUGCUGAUUUUUGUUUAGUUCAYCUCCUCUUAACAAGACAUCCAGGAAUGUUCUACCAGCAUUUUGUCGAGUGUAUCUUCCACUUUAAUUCCUACGACAAGCACAAAGAAGGAAUUUUACCAAUCCUUUUCGAAUUAUUUCAGUUCGAAAAGGAACGCUCACCCCUUCUCAAAGACCUGCUUGGAUACCUCAAAGAAGUCAUGAAAGACUACCGCAACGAAGUCAAAGAGGUUCUGUCCGCUGACAAUCAGCUGGCUAAUGAGAUUGAGUUUGAUUUGCGUAAAUUUGAAGAAGAACAGAAAGAACUUCAGGAGCAAAAGAAGCGAAGUCAACAAGAAACAGCAAUGACUCCAGGAACUAAAUCCGGUUAUCAGAGUCCGAGAGGGAAUCAGUCCAAGUUCAUUACUCCGCCUUUGAGCUCAGGAAAUGGGAUUACGAAAACACCAAUUCCACCAUCGUCCUGCUCACGAGCAAGACGCACAGCGGAGCUUCCCAAAACACCCAUGCGCAGCAGGCGUCAUACUCUAGCAACGGCUGCAUUGAUUAACUCGGCUCGUAAAGACAUGAACCAAGCAAGCAGACUCACCAAUGACAAGAGACCUAAAUCAUCAAGUCAUGUGUCGAACUUGUCGUGUAGCGAGCCGAAGCCGAAUGCACAGCCCAGUUUGAUAUCCAAGAAGGGUGUGGAUGAUGAUGGCGAGGAAAAACAAGAGGAYGUUAUAUGCAUGCCUUCACCGGACCAAAA